AUGGCACCAGUAUCAGCAUCUAAGGCUAAGAGAGACGCUAAGAAGGCUGAAAGAGAAGCUAAGAGAGCUGCAGCCGGUAAGACUACUAGAAGAUCUAAAAAAGAUGACGAACCAGUUGAUGAAGCUGCUGCUGCGGCAGACAAGAUUGCUCAGUUGAAGUUGCAACAGGACAAGGAUGGUAUUUCUGACCGUGUCGUUACCGGUGUGUUGGACUCUUUGGAAACAUCCCGUGAUAUUAAGCUUUCAUCUGUGUCUUUAUUGUUCCAUGGUAAGGUCUUAAUCCAAGACUCUCAGUUAGAAUUAAACUACGGUCGUCGUUAUGGUUUGCUAGGUGAAAAUGGUUGUGGUAAGUCUACCUUCUUGAAGGCUAUCGCCGCCAGAGAAUAUCCAAUUCCAGAAAACAUUGAUAUUUAUUUAUUGGAUGAACCUGCAGAACCAUCCGAAUACUCUGCAUUAGAAUACGUUGUUAGAGAAGCUCAAAACGAGUUGAAGAGAAUGGAAGACUUGGUCGAAAAGAUUAUUGUUGAAGAUGGUCCAGAAUCCGAGUUGUUGGAACCUUUGUACGAAAGAAUGGAUGACAUGGAUCCAUCAACUUUUGAAUCCAGAGCGGCUGUGAUUUUGAUUGGUUUGGGUUUCAACUCUAAGACUAUUAACAAGAAGACAAAGGAUAUGUCUGGUGGUUGGAAGAUGCGUGUUGCUCUAGCUAAGGCUUUGUUCGUGAAGCCAACUUUGCUAUUGUUGGAUGACCCUACUGCCCAUUUGGAUUUGGAAGCUUGCGUCUGGUUGGAAGAAUACUUGAAGAGAUUCGACAGAACCUUAGUUCUCGUUUCUCACUCUCAAGAUUUCUUAAACGGUGUUUGUACUAACAUGUUAGAUAUGAGAUUGAAGAAACUAAUGGCUUACGGUGGUAACUACGACUCUUACGUCAAAACCCGUUCCGAAUUGGAAACCAACCAAAUGAAGCAAUAUGCCAAGCAACAAGAAGAAAUUGCUCAUAUCAAGAAGUUUAUUGCUUCUGCUGGUACUUAUGCUAACUUGGUUAAGCAAGCCAAGUCCAGACAAAAGAUUUUGGAUAAGAUGGAAGCAGAUGGUUUGAUUGAACCUGUCGCACAAGACAGAGUGUUCUCAUUCAGAUUCCCAGAAGUUGAAAGAUUACCUCCUCCAGUUUUGGCCUUCGAUGAUAUCUCUUUCUCAUACGACGGUAACCCAGAAAACAACUUGUACGAACAUUUGGACUUCGGUGUUGAUAUGGAUUCCAGAAUUGCAUUGGUCGGUCCAAAUGGUGUUGGUAAAUCUACUUUGCUAAAGAUUAUGACUGGUCAACUAGUUACUCAAAGUGGUCGUGUAUCAAGACAUAGUCACGUCAAAUUGGGUGUUUACUCUCAACAUUCUCAAGAUCAACUUGACUUGACUAAAUCCGCUUUGGAAUUUGUUCGUGACAAAUAUCCACAUAUUUCCCAAGAUUUCCAAUACUGGAGAGGUCAAUUGGGUCGUUAUGGUUUAACUGGUGAAGCUCAAACUGUUCAAAUGGGUACUCUAUCUGAAGGUCAAAGAUCCAGAGUUGUCUUUGCAUUACUAGCAUUAGAACAGCCAAAUGUUCUACUAUUGGAUGAACCUACUAACGGUUUAGAUAUUCCAACCAUUGACUCUUUGGCAGAUGCAAUCAACGAAUUCAAUGGUGGUGUUGUAGUUGUUUCCCACGAUUUCAGAUUGUUAGACAAAAUUGCUAAGGAUAUCUUUGUGGUGGAAAAUAAGACUGCUACGAGAUGGGACGGUAGUAUUUUGGAUUACAAGAACAAAUUGGCCAAGAAUGUGGUUUUGUAG